AGAGACGUGGUUAUGUUCUAAUCUCCUGACAUCGCCCUAACUUCAAAACUACUUGUCAACCUACUGGAAAUUACAGGAUAUCAUUACUCAGUAUCAGUCUGACUCAUGGUGUUGUCUUCCAAAGAACACUAAACUCAUCACACACCAACUUAACACUGAGAAUUAUAAGCAUUUGCUAAACAACAGUUGACAUUACCCCCCCCCCCCCAAAAAAAAAGAAAGCAAUCAUUUAUGUUUCAGUUGAGAGCCUAAAGCAUGUUCAUGUUUUGUUGUAAUCAGACCAAAUCUCAUGCAGAAAAUAAUUUGAGGCUUGUACUGAUCAUGUCAUUCCCCACCGACUGCCUAAGUAAUGGGAUGGCUGUGUGUCCUCCUAGUAGUGACAUACUUGGAAGAACAUUACCUGAAAGACUUGAAAAAAAUCCUCUGUUCACAGUGAAGAUAAACCCUAAAAAUACACCUGCUUUAAUCUGCUUACAGGAUGUGUGCUGCCUGAUGGACCACACACACACACACACACAUACACACACACACACACACACAUACACACGCAUGCAUGGAGAGUCAGCCUUAAGAGCAACCUAAUACCUGACGGCUACAUCAUCUCCCGAGUUCGCUCAUAUGGUUUCUCGCCUGGAGGGCCUGUGCAGCCUGGACUGUUUGGCUCAGCCCUUGGACAAGAUGAGCAUGUCGAGCCGCCUCAGCCUCAACAGUUUGGGCAGGAUCUGCGGCACCAGACACAGCAGCGACGUGGUGGUUCUGGACCGGGUCAAGCGAAAGAACUCGGUCAGGCGCAUGUCGAUCAUCGAGGAUGGACAAUUAGCAGAGGUUCUCUACCUGAUCCCCAAGCAGUGCAUGAUGGAGCAGCUGCCCUUCCUAAACCCCAAUGACUAUGUCCUGUGUGAGAAGCUGGCAGCCAUACCUGCGGAUGUGACAGUGCUGCACACUCGGAACGACCUUCACCCUCAGCCACCUGCAGCCAAGAAGGUCAUCAGGUGCGUCAAAUGUGGGGAUGUCUGUAAAGGGGAGGUGCUGCGAGUCCAGUCAAGUCACUUCCACAUCAGAUGCUUCACCUGCAAAGUAUGUGGCUGCGAUUUGGCCCAGUCUGGCUUCUUCUUGAAGAACGGAGACUCCCUCUGUCCGCUGGACUACCAGAGGCUUCAUGGCACCCUCUGCAACAGCUGCGGGGGAUUUGUGGAGGGAGAGGUGAUCGCCGUCUUGGGCAAGACCUAUCACCCGGCUUGCUUUGUGUGCACUAUUUGCAAGAAACCAUUUCCGGCUGGUGACUGCGUCACCUUUAGUGGAAAAGAUCGCAUCUGUCAACGAUGUGUUAGCCCGUUGUCCCCUCCACCUACUGGCAUCAGAUAUUCAAACAACUGCAAUGGCUGUGGUCGAGACAUCAAAAACGGCCAGGCUUUGUUGGCGUUGGGGAGCCAGUGGCACCUUGGCUGCUUCAAGUGCAACAUCUGCAGAAGAAUGCUUAGUGGAGAAUACAUCAGCAAGGAUGGUGUCCCAUAUUGUGAGCGCGACUACCAGCUUCAAUUUGGCGUGCAGUGUGACGCAUGUCAAAAGUUUAUAUUGGGCAAAGUCCUGGAGGCAGGGGACAAACGCUAUCACCCAGAAUGUGCAAGAUGCAGCCGAUGUGAUAAAACCUUCACAGAAGGAGAAGAAAUGUAUCUGCAAGGAUCAACAGUGUGGCAUCCGGACUGCAGGGAAAGCAUCAGAAACAAUGACAGUUACAGGGUUAGAAGAAGAGCCAAAACACCUUGUCUUGAUUUCUUUUACCCGCCAAGUGAACUUAAGUCCACUCUGUCUUCAUCUGAAAGCUCCUGUUCGAGACCAGGCUCGUGUACACCUGGAAGUCCUGGUCGCUCCAUCUGCGCUAAAGUAGAUGAUGAGAUCAUUGAUUACCGAGACUUAGCGGCAAUUCCCAGAGUCAAGGCUAUUUAUGACAUAGAGCAUCCUGAUAUGAUGACCUAUAAGAGUGGCAACAUCAGCUCGGACAACAAAGGCAACACGCAGGGCAGACAAAGCUCUGCAGAGUCUCCAGCAAAUGUAUCAGAGACCACAGAGGAGAGCUUCGAGUUGAGAAAAAGCAUGCCCAAGUCAGCAAGCCAUGGAUCAUUCGGUGUUCAGUCGUACAGUCGUCACAGCUACACGCCCACCAGAUCGCCACAGCACUUUCACCGGCCCGGCCCUUUAUUUUCUGCCAAAGACACAUUGCCCUCUCCUUCUUCCCGUCAAAGCUUACUCCCUGACAACAAAGACCAAGGUUUCAACAUGUACAGAAGGCCUCCGAUUUACAAACAGCAAGAUCCAAAUUCCUCCCAAACAUCCUCUUUGCCUGGAUACGGCUGCAAUGGCCUCAAUCCGCCACAAUCAACUGAUUUCAUUCUAAGCAGUGGUGACACAUUAAGAGAUUUCAAGGUCAGUGAGAGGUUGGGUGCGCCAUCAAGUAUUAAUGCCACCAACUCAACAACAAUGUGUAUCCAUAUGAGAUGCUCACGGUAACCAAUCGGGGCUGCGUGAAGCUUCCCAGAGAGGUCGACAGAACAAGACUAGAGCGUCACUUGUCUCCUGGUUCCUUCUUCGAAAUCUUUGGCAUGGCAAUACAAGAAUUUGACAGACUUCCCCUUUGGAAACGUAACGACAUGAAGAAAAAGGCCAAUCUCUUUUAAAUGCAUGUUUUUCAAUUAUUGUUUUUUUAGUAUUUAUUUAUUUAUGUUCUGUCUAAAAUAUGAUAGAUAAAAGCAAACUCAAUACAUUUAUUAUAACUUUAAUGUACAUAAAGGCACUUAUUUAAGUUAGAGAAACUCACAGUAAAAAUAUAGUACCGUGCUGGAGAUAGUGUUAUGCUUCCGGCUUACUGAUGGGGGCGCCAGAGCGGCAAAGAGCAAAUCGGGUACUGCAUGAUUCCAAAGGUUACAUUAUCUGAGCUAAAAGCUGAAUUAUAGAAAUGUUUAUUGUGCGUGUAAUGUUGUGUUAAAGAAAUCCGAGAUCUCUAAGUGCAAUGAUUAAACUAAUGCCUCAGUUUGUACUUGCCUUCAAGAAAUGGUACAAGCAAAAACGUCAGUUGGUGAUAUCUUUUAUGAAAUUGGCCACUGUAUUUGGAGAAAAGUGAAGAAACUAGGAUAUAAAUUACAAAAGCUUAUCUAAUACUGUAUUGUAUUAGUGAAAGAGUUUUAUAAAUAAGCAAAACUAAUGAUUUAUGUUUCACAUUAACCCCACACGCCAUAAAUAAAAAUAAGUGG